AUGCUGAAGCUUUUCCACUCUUCCAUCCGCCAUCCCCGACUUCCUCCUGCAAAGACGAAUGCGUCAUACCUCAGCGUCAACCCUGUUCUUUGUCUUCAUCUUCAGACAAAAGUUGAAGUCCGCCCUUGCCUCCGUGCAAUCGCGGAAUGUUCCAUAUCGGACAGCUGUUCAGAUGAUGGGGGCGCCGCCCAGACGCUGCAAGUCGUGUCAAAGUCCGGAGCACCAUUGUUCACCGAGUGGGCUGUUGUUGCGGAGCUCGACGGCGCUUGCUCCUGCGUUGGUGCGCUCGACCAAGUUCCAUUAGCGAACGGAAGUUUCCACGAAGAGAGAAUCGAGGAGUUGAGAACAUCACCACGCGUUUGCCCCUUCAGCUCUAUUCCAGCGCAGGCAGAAACCCGUGCAGGCAAGCAACAACCUCUUCGCCGCUCUUCAUUCUGGUGCACUGGUCCUGACCUUUUUUAUCUAUCGUUCAGGAUACCGGCCGCGCAGCACGAGUGCAAAGCAACCGACCUGAGGAUGAUUACAUUACCUCGGGGUCGAACGCUCCGUCUAGUCACAGGCCUCGCCCUGGUCUUUGUGACAUUCCUGUUCCUUCACAGCGCCCUAGGCUCAGGAAACGCCAGGCAGAGAAUCGCAGAUGAGUGGUCGCGUAAAGGGACAGCAGAGCCGGCCGCUGCUGUGAAGAAGGUUUCCCCGUCCUCAGCAGCAAAGGCUGAACAGGAUGAUCAAACGUCGGGUAUUCAGCAAAAAGCGAACCGCAACCGCCUGCUUCACCAACCAGGCUCACCGUAUAUGCGAUCGGACGUGGAUUAUGCAGAGAGGAUUGGACUGACCUUAGUACCGGUCGAUUCGCUCGCGCCUGUUCGCAACACAUCGUUUACACCGCCGACGCCGCUAGUCAAAGGCGUUAUUGUGAUGCUCGCAAGGAACUCGGACGCGGAUGGCGCCGUGAAAUCCCUUACCGAGCUGGAGCAUCGAUUUAACAAGAAGUGGAGAUACCCGUACGUCUUCUUGAACGAGAAGCCGUUCGAUGACAAUUUCAAGCAAAAGCUCCAGGGCGUGAAUCCCGCUGCGGAUAUGAAAUUCGGGCUCAUACCGACCGCGCAUUGGUCUUAUCCUUCUUGGAUCAAUCAAACCAGAGCUGCCGCAGCACGCAAAGAUAUGGCAGACAGGGGCAUCAUCUACGGGGGCCACGAGGCUUACCGCCACAUGUGCCGGUAUAACUCCGGUUUCUUCUACCGUCAUGAGUUGCUGGAAGAGUAUGAUUACUACUGGCGUGUCGAACCCGACGUUCACUUCUUCUGCGAUAUCGAUGAGGAUCCGUUCCGCUUCAUGCAAGAGCAUAACAAGCUGUAUGGCUUCACGGUCUCUCUCACCGAAUUUCGCGAAACGGUCCCAACGUUGUGGAAAACGACCCGCGAAUUCAUGACGGACAACCCGUCCUUCAUCCGUACCGACAAUGCGGUUCGUUGGGUUUCCAAAGACCUCGAAGAUUACAACAUGUGCCACUUCUGGUCCAACUUUGAAAUCGGAAGUUUACAUCUCUGGCGCUCCAAGGCGUACAGCACCUUUUUUGAAACCCUCGAUAAAGCAGGCGGCUUCUUUUAUGAGCGCUGGGGAGACGCGCCCGUGCACUCGAUAGGCGCUACCUUGCUGCUGAAGCCAUCGCAGAUACAUUUCUUCAACAAUAUCGGCUACGACCAUACGGGCAUCAACCACUGUCCCGUCUACCAACCGGCGUUUGCGAACAAGUGCGAAUGUGACGGCGUCAAGAGCUUUGACAUGACUGACUGGUCAUGCACGCCGGAGUGGUUUGAUUUGUUCGGUGGCGGGACGGCCAAUCGUGAGGCGGAGAAGAUUCGAAAAAUCGAGGAACAGAAACAGGAGAAGGCAAAGAAGGAGAAGGAGGAGCGGGAAAAGGCGGAGAAGGAGGCAAGGGAGAAGGCCGAGAAGGAGAAGAGCACGUAG